GGGGAUGCUACCUCUCUCUAUUGCUGACGAUGAACGAACAGUAGAAAGUGCUAGUGGAACAUCAUCUCAUAAAAGCAACUAACAGAUAUAUUAGCUUGUCUGUCUAUCAUUACCGCCUCUCCAGUUUAUUUAUAAAUAAAGAAAAAAAGAGGACAAGUGAGGAUUUCAAGAGGUUAUGAUGGCAUCCCCCGGCAGUUUCGGAGCUCUCGGCCCAGAGAGAAGGCACCUUGCUAAACAGGUCGUAUCCUUCCGACAUCACGCCAAGAAAUUGAAGAAGAUCUUUAAAGAGACAGUAAAGGUCCUCUCAGACCUACAGGACUUUGAUGAGUCCCUCUCAAUAGACAGCAUACUGGCAUUAGAGGCACAGAAGUGUAUCUCGAAUGUUGUGAGUGGUCGUACUGCUCUUGUUGUAUUUGGAGAGACACGUCUUCGUACUUGCAUCGUCAACGAGAUCUUGGGUGAGGCAAUACUUCCUCUGCCGUGGGAAUCUGACGAGGAAUGGCGUCUUGUUCAUUUUAAAUACAAGAAGCAUAGGGUGAUGUGCCAUACUAGAGAUGGGUAUGACCUUGCAACUGAUAAGCAUUCUGGACACACCCUACCGUUUAGUAGAAUACCGCGGGAGAAUAUCUGUCUCAGUGGUCCUGGUGUAGAUCCUGCCCUCAGUGAUGCAACCCUGGAAGUUGGUCUCAAUAAUCCGAUCCUGGAGGCUGGGUUUGAGAUUAUCUGUUCGCCAACGGCUCGUCCUGAUAUCCAGGCUAUCAAAAAAACGUUGCAAGUCUGUCAAGUCGAGCUUCAUCCUUUCUUUAUUUAUGGACACAAUGCCAAGCAGCCUCUUACUGAACAACAAUGUCAAGAGUUGGAGCUAAUGAGGCGACUAAUGCCUGACGUUCCUCUCCUCUUUGCCGUUAUAUCUCAAGACGGACCUUCUGCCACUGUAGCAGCCGCCAUGGGACGUCGGCCGGUUACCGAUAGCCCUAGUCUCGUUGCAGUCAUCAGUCAUAUUUACGAACAGCUCUGUCAGCUGGGGUACAUGAAGGACUCGUCUAGUAAUGAUUCGAUGGUUAUCGGUCCCCCGACUAUCGGCCCUCACGAUAAUCCAGAAUCCAAUCCAGAUCUCUCAUUUAAUUUUAUACCUGUAGAUACCAUCGUCAGCCAUUUUGUGGACUUCACUCCCGAACUUCUUAAUUUCGUCCAGUGUAACAUGCGUCAACAGAUCACCAGCGCCGCCUAUUCACUACACGACGCCCAUGCACGCUGUCUCCAGACUCUCAUCCUCUACGCUCAUGAUUUAGCACGGGAUGUACUAGUUACCCCACGUAGGAUCAAAUACUGUAAACAGAUGGAAGAGAAAUUAUACACUCAACUCAUAGAGCUGGCCUCCAAGAAGCAGUCGGAGAUAAAGGAUAUUGUCUCUUCCUCUAUAACGGAAGCAACCGAUGACAUCAUUAGUGAGGUAGUGGCCCUCGAGUUGGAAGGCGUCAAUCUUGAGGAGUCCGGAGCAGCGUCCGAUGCAAAAACCCUCCGCCAAUGUAUCACUAUAAUCCAGGAUCACAUAUUCAAGCAGUUGAGUUUGCACAUAUCCUCGCGUCUCGUUAGCUCUGUCAACUACCUCAGAGAGAGUGUCAUUGGGACUCUCAAACGCGUCAUCGAAGGACUCGAGAACGGAGACUCUGACGAAGGAGACAGCUCACGGGCGCUCCAGCACAUCCUCGACUCAGCCUAUACCCUCGAGUUCAGCGAGAGGACCAGCACCUCGGCCGUUCGUCUGUUCCUGGAGCGUGUCAAGCAAACCUUUAGCGGCCCUUCGUAUAAAACCAUUAACUUACGGGAUAAGUCUUGGAGGGAGAAGUACACGCAGCAGCUCAUUGAUAGUCUGAGUAGCUCUCGACUCGCUAAAGGGAUAUGCUCACAGUUUAGAAGUAAAGUUUCGUCGUCUCACGAGUCUUUCCUCUCGGCCAUGAAGCAGCUUGAGCUGAGACACAGCGGACGACUCAAGGAAACAGAAGGACAGAGGGAAACGAUCAGAAAAACAUUGACACCAAAGAUGGCCAGACUGUCUUUAAGCAGUGUUGCUCUUAGGGAUGGUAUAGUACAUGGUCUACCUGUCACUGGGAGAGAGUUAGGUAGAGGUCAAUAUGGAGUUGUGUUCCAAUGUGCUGAAUGGGCUGGUAAAGGCCCACUGGCUGUGAAAAGUGUAGUACCGCCUGAUGACAAGCACUGGAAUGACCUAGCAUUAGAGUUCCAUUAUACCUGGACUCUUCCUCGUAAUGAUCGCGUGGUUAAUCUUGUUGGUGCUCUUAUUGAUGACGAUUAUUCAAACGGGUCUAGUGCCGUUGUCCUCUUCAUAAUGCCACGGUAUCCCCGGGACCUUCACGCUGCUCUCAAAGUCGGUCUUGAUUUCGGGAGCCGCAUGCAAAUCGCGCUAGACGUCGUCGAGGGAAUACGAUUCCUACACAGCCAGGGACUCCUCCACAGAGACAUCAAGUUAAAGAAUGUUCUGCUUGAUGCCAGUAACAGAGGCACGCUCACUGAUCUUGGUUUCUGUAAACCUGAGGCGAUGAUGACCUGUACUAUAGUUGGUACUCCUAUCCACAUGGCACCAGAGCUGUUUGGAGGAACAUAUGACAGUGCCGUGGACAUAUACGCCUUUGGAAUCCUCUUCUGGUACAUAUGUUCUAAUGAUACGAAGCUUCCCGGGGCAUUUGAUACAUGUCAGAAUAAAGAGCAGCUCUGGAAUGCAGUGAGGAAAGGACUCAGACCAGAGCGACUGCCGAGGUUUGAUGUAGACUGCUGGGAGCUGAUGUGCUCUUGUUGGGAAGGAGACAAAGAAAACAGACCACUUGUUGGUGAUAUUGCUUUACGUAUCGCUCUCAUUAUGAAGAGAAUCGGACGGAAGCCAUUGUUUUAAAUUAAAUUAUGAAGAGAGUGAGGGGGGCGGUUGGUUGGUAAUCAAAGACUUGAGUGGUAUUAUACUAUUAUUAUUAUUAUUAUUAUUUCAUCUUUUUUUGUGAGUGUGUGUAUAUAUAAAUAUCUUUGUUUUCUCUUUCUUUUUCCAUUUCUUUUUCUUAUUGUUUUUGCCUGCUGGUUGUUUUGGUUGGCUGGCAAUUUUUAACUAAAGCAAUUUAUAAUCUUUUUCAUGUUAGUCAA